UGACAUUAGAUAAUUUGACGUCAUCAAAAUGGCAGACGAAGUUUGUUGAUUGUUGAUGUGAACGAUUGGACAGCAACUGGAAUAUUUUUUUCGUUUUAUUGUUGAAUUAGCGUUCGAAUCCAUUCAAAAUAGGUGUGAUAAGGAUGAGUAACCAUCAUAAUGGUGCUAGAACUUCAGAAACUGAACAGAUGGCUCAGCCACAGUGUUUGAAAGUGUUCGUGCAACGAGAUUACAGUGAGGGAACUCUAGUGAGGUUUCAAACUAGGUUUCCACAAGAGUUAGAAGGAAGGUUGGAAAGACAGGCAUUCGAGGCGACAGUAAACAGACUCAAUGCCUUUUUUGCUGAAGCUGAAAAAGCUACUUGCUCUACAUACUGUGAGGGCUGUUUAGCUUGUCUGACUGCCUAUCUCAUAUAUAUUUGUAAGGAAACACACUAUGAAAAGUGUCUGAAAAAGAUUUCCAAAUUCAUAGCAGAACAGAACGAGAGAGUGUAUGAACCACGUGGACUGAAAUUGACGGAUCCUAGUACCAGGGGAUUGAGAGUUCUAGAAAUCAGCUGUCUUGAUAGGCCUCCCAAUGCAUGACUUACCCUUUCACACUCCACCCAGGAGUUUUUCAUGUGACAAGAAUUUCUGCCAGUCUUGUGAUCCUGAUAUACAAGGUAGAUACAGGGUGGUUUCGUUUGUGUAUGCUCACCACCAAAAUUUAAAAUCGAGUUUUGGAUUUUUGUUGUUGAAUCUUGCAUGUAUAAUUAGAAGGUGAACUGAGAAAAGUAAAUUGAACAUGACUGAAAACUCAUGAACUUUCUCUUUUGAUGUGGAUGACCAUAUUCCAAGACUGGCAGCUCAAUUUUUUUGUAAUCUAGCAUAUAUUUUUUAACUACUAGAUAAAUAUUGGAAUUUUGAUAUGCUAUUGGGAAAAAAUACCAAGCGAUAAUUGUGGAUAUGUUCCUCAACACAUAUAUUGUUAGAAGUGCUGAAAUAUUUCAUUCAUAAAUUAUUAUUAUUACCUAUUAUCAUUCUAUGUGAAGGAAAUACUCAGGAGAUGGGGAAAUAUCAUGAUGAUCUAUUUUAUUCGUCCUACUAAGUAUUUUCAAACUGUACAGAUGAUUGUGAUCUUUUUUAUAUUUUAGUUUCAUCAUAAGGGUCUUCCAAAUAUUCAUUCUUCAAAUUUUAUUACAUUGAGUUAUUACUUUUGUUUAUGAAAAUAGUUUUUCAAUCCGAGUAGGUACCUCUAUAGUUAUUUUUAUUACUGUAAUCUAAUUUAUAAUUAAAUGAUGUACCUUUGUUUUAUA